AUAUAAUAGUUCAGGAUUUGAAACAGAGUCUGGAAUGUGCUAGAACUUAUCUGAUAUUAAAAGUAAUUUUGCUUUAUCGUAAAGAAAUUAAUUUAAGAGCAUAAUAAAAAUAUUACGAUAGUGUAAUUAAUUACAUAUUGAAAAAUGUCAGAAGGGAAGAUUUUAUUACAUUGUUACAAUCGAGGCUGUGGAAAACAAUUUGAUCCAAAUGAUAACAAAGAAGAUGAUUGUGUCCAUCAUCCUGGUCAACCAGUUUUUCACGAUGCCUACAAAGGAUGGUCUUGUUGUAAUAAAAAGUGUACAGACUUCACAGAAUUUUUAAAUAUUAAAGGUUGCACAAAAUCAUGCCAUACGAAUGAAAAGCCUGUAGAACCAGAAAAACCUAUCGUUGAUAAAUCAAAAGCAAAUGAAGUUAUUCAAGUAGGUGCAAAACUUAAUAGCAACGGAUCGACAUUAAAAAGACCAUCUUUUCAUUCUCCUCAAACUACAUUAAAACCAAAUGUGUCAUCUGCGUUAUUGGAACAAAUUAAAGACUUGACAGCAUCGAUAGAAGAAAAUGUAAAUGAACAUAAAAUUGCCAUUGGUCAAAAUUGCAAAAACAAUUCUUGUAAAGCUACGUAUGCAGGGCCUUCAUCCGAUGAAAAGGAAUGUUCUUAUCAUCCUGGAGUUCCUAUAUUUCACGAAGGGAUGAAAUAUUGGUCUUGUUGUCAAAAGAAGACUACAGAUUUUUCAGUAUUUCUAGAACAACCAGGAUGUACGCAAGGAAAACAUCUUUGGGUGUCGAAGAAUACUCAUAAAAAAGUUCAAUGUAGAAUGGAUUGGCAUCAAACUUCAACAUUUAUAGUUGUUUCAGUUUUUGCCAAGAAAUAUCAACCUAGUCAAUCAAGUGUGAAAUUGAAUCCUGUACAUUUAACUGUGGAUUUAUUCUUUGUAGAAGAAAAUUCAAGAUAUAAUCUUGACAUAGAGUUGAAAGGAAUAAUUGAUGUUGUUCAAAGUAGUGUUACUAUGCUGCCUACCAAAGUAGAAAUUAAAUUAAAGAAAGCAGAACCUGGAUCUUGGUCUCGCUUAGAUAUUCCUAGAAUAUUUAAUAGUCAAGAAAAUGAGAGCAUUCAAAAUGAGGAACAAAUUAGUUCCAAAAUUGAUGCAGUUGACCUCAGUGAUUUAUAAUAAUUGAAUGCAUUCUUGUUUAAAUUUAAGAUUCUAAAUAACUAUUGAAAAUAAUCAUAUUUUACUACCAAACGUAUCUUCAAAAAUAUACGUUACUGUACAGACAGAUAGAACAUAUUUAAUAUAUUGAAAAUAUAUUCGACAUUUUUUAAAUGACGAGAAUUAAGAAGCUUUCACAAAUUCAUGGCUUCAGUACUUCAUGUUCUUCUUAUUCUUAACGAACCGAUUUAUUUUUCACGUUCUGAUACAUGCAAUAAAAAAAAAAAAAAAUAACAUU